AUGGACGGCGAGGAGGAAAGGCAACCCACUAAGAGGUUGGAAGGAAGUAACCCAGAGGGGUACCACCAUCAUCCGAUGCGAAGACCCAAUGAACCCCAUUUUAGCGCAUUCGAGAGGGGGCCUGCAAGCAUUCCCUGUGAAAAUACAACAACACAGGUUCCAACAUAUUAUCACCACGAAAAUGACCAGGUGUACUUGAGGCAAGAAACUUUCCUACCUAAAUGGUCUAAUUGUCACCAGGAGUUCUUUGGAGAUGAGCAGUCGUGGGACAAGCACGCAGUAGAAGAGACGAAUAAUGACAACCUCUGGGGGGUACACCAAUCCAAUAAUAAUGGGAUAGGAGAAUUACCCUAUAGAGGUGCCCCCAAUGGAGCCAUAUUUAAUAACUUCAUGAGGGUUCCCCUGAAUGUGGAUGAAGUGAGAAUGAGCACAGGACUUACCCAUGGUGGAAGCAUGCAGAUGAACACUUGGAUGUAUCACCCAAAUCAGAGCAACCAACAUAUGGUUCGGGUGGACCACCACGCUUAUGCAGGCAUGUCUGCAGUGUCCGUUGCGUCUGUUGCAUCUGUUGCUUCUUCCUCUGGUGCUAAUUCAUCCGCAGGUUUCCCCACGGGUUACGACCCCCGACCGGUUGGUAGUGUACACCCGUCAAUGGGAUACCACCAGGCUGUUCCCCCCCAACAGGGGUAUGGCGCCCAGAAGGGGUACCCCCCCUGUGUUGACAACCCAAACGGAACCAGCGAGAGUUCCUGUGCCUUACCAGGGAACAACCCCUAUGCGGCGGAAGCAUCCCCAAAUUAUAAUGAUAGGCGUAGAGGCAAUUUUGGCAAGUACGGAGGUAAAGGUGGGGGGGAUAAUUCCAAGCGGGAGGUAGUGAACAGGCACAGGUACCAACACAGUGGAAGUGGUGUGAAGAACCCCAAUGGAGAAUUGCAUUAUAGAAUGUGUAAUGAUGAGAGUGACCCUCCCUAUGCUGUGAGAAUGUACCAGGGGGGAGGCGACUGUGGUAAUAGUGUCAACUCCAGCAGAGGAAAUCGCUCUGUUGGAAAUCGCUCUGUUGGAAAUCGAUCAGUUGGAAAUCGAUCCGUUGGAAAUCGUUUCGCUGGAAAUCGCUCCGCCGCGCACCGACUCCAGAAAACCCGCCCAGUAGCAUCCAGUGAGGGGAAGGGUCGAGAGUUAACUGGCGCAAAGGGGAUCAAACUGAAAACAGAGAAGAAAAUCCUGCUAACGGAGGACAGCCAAAAGAGCGCCCAAAGGAACAUACAAAAGCUUUCCAUCUAUAAAUCCAGAAGUGAUAUCCUAAAAAUGAUCGAACAGAAUGACAUAACGUUCAUUCAAGGUGAAACAGGUUCUGGAAAAUCAACAUGUGUUCCCAAGUUUUUGCUGGAACAGAAUCUGAAAGAAGGAAAAGAAAAAAUAAACAUCAUUGUAACCGAACCCAGAAGAAUCGCCUGCAUUUCCUUGUCCAGGAUUUUAUCGGAGCUGAUAAAUGAAAAAUUGGGAAACACAGUAGGUUAUAGAAUUGCAGGGGAGGCAGUCUAUGACAGCGAGAAAACUCUAGUUACAUACAUAACCGUCGGUUUUCUUUUUAAGUUGUUUCUUCAUCAUAGAAAUAUGUAUAAGAAAUUUACCCACAUCAUCAUCGAUGAGAUUCACGAUCGGAGCAUCCUCCUUGACAUCGUCUUGCUUUUCAUUAAGGUAUACCUCCACAGUAGGAGGAAGGACGAGAAGAUUUUCAAGUUGGUUAUAAUGUCAGCGACGAUGCAGAGCAAUCUGUUCCACUCAUACUUUGCGCAUGAGAACAUCUCCGUGGGGUCUAUUUUUAUAGGAACCAAGAUUUAUAGCAUUGACACCUUUUACAUAGAGGAUAUAAUACGGUAUGCGCGCGGAGGGGAUAUUGAGGAGGAUGAUGAAGAUAGGAGCGACAGAGAAGGGGGAGAAUUACCACCAAGUGGUUCGUUAACGCCGUCGUUAACGCGCCCCCCCAGGUGCGAAAAGGUAAUCGAAUUCAUCCUUCGGCAAAAGAACCGCACGAAACUGCAAUUGUCUCGUGGCGCAGAAGCACUACUUCAAAGAAUAAAGAACGAAUAUGACAAGAGCAUAAACCUCUUCAACUCCAAAAAUGCCCAAAACGAAUCGAAUAGAGAUAUUGAUGUAGAACAAAUUAUUCCAGCCAACGUAUUUUCCAACAUCUCGGAGCUGUGCCUAGAGUUAGUGCACAACUUGUGCCUUCUCGGAGAUAGCGUUCUGAUUUUCUUGUCGGGAAUGCAAGACAUAACAGACAUGUACCACCAGUUGUGCAUCCUUAUCAACAACAACGCGAACAAGCACCAAGUGAGAUUCCACAUACAUAUACUCCACAGUUGCCUUUACGACAACACGAUUCAUAAGUUACACGAAAGCGACAAGGACCACAUUAACAUAUUUCUCUCUUCUAACAUCGCGGAAAGUUCAAUCACCAUCCCAAAUGUAAGACUAGUCAUCGACUUCUGCAUACAGAAGAACAUUGAAUACAAUUCCGAUAGGAGAGCCCACAUCUUAGUGAAGAAGUGGAUUAAUAAGUCGUCCAUGGAGCAGAGGAAGGGGAGGUGUGGGAGAACAUGCCAUGGUAUAUGCAUCCGCAUGAUUAGCAAGAAUUUUUUGAAUCUCCUAAAGGAUCAUAAGGUUAGCGAGGUUUACACACAUAGCCUACACCUACUGUACCUAUACAUUUUAAAGAGCAUGUCGGUGUUGAGUAAGCUGAUAAGGGGGCCUCAAAAAGCAGGUAUUCAGGAUACUCCACCUGAUGGAUCUUCCACAGGGGUGGAUACAAUACCCCACAAUAAUAAAUUAAGCAUGCACGAUGUACUUGGCAUGAUUAUCGAGAAGCCAUCCAAAGAGAAGAUACGCAGCACGCGACACGAGUUGGAAAAAAUGAAGGCAAUAAUUAAGAUAAAGGAUAAGCUUGUCAUCUCCAUCAUUGGACAGAUAAUGAUUCGCUUCAACAUGGGCAUAUAUCUCUGUCGAUUGCUUCUCUUCGGGGUUAUAAUGGAUGUAACAUUCGACACGAUUAUUAUAACUUCCAUUAUCAACACGAACGAUAUAUUUCCAUCCUUCAAUCUGUUUACAUCUAAGAGUGUAUACUCCUAUGGGGUGUCUCUCGAAAUGUCUCUAAAACAGAAGCACUACUUUGAUGGCAAAACCUACUCUGAACCCAUUAUGCUCCGGAACGUCUUUAUCGAAUGGCUAUGUGUAUUUUCCCUCUACGUCCAGGAUCUAAAAACUCAAAAUAAAUUUGAGAUGUGUCACCUAAAGAGCUACUACAUUACCACCUGUACAAUAAUGAGCAAGAGAAACAACAUCAAUGCGAAGAAGUUACUCUGCGUGAUAAGUAGCGUAAACAAUUUGUGCAGAAGGUUGUUAAAAAUACUAAGUAGAGAUAGCAAUGCAUACAGGUCAGCUGUCUACCUUCUGAAUCUACUCAAGGGGGAAGUACCUCCCACAGACAACGGAUUACAAAACAAUGGAGGGAUGGAUGAUGCCCCUCCUCAUGAUCCCAUGGAUGAAACACUAAAUUGGAAAAACGUCUUCCGCAUUGUCACCAGAUACGCAUGUUAUGAUCCUUCUAAUGAGAACCUUUAUUUGAAGUUUCUCUUUUCCCUUGCUUUUACCCCCCUCUUUAUCCAUGGAUCUCCACAUUUACCUAUCCAAACAGAUUCUGAAAAGAAGACCAAAGGGAAGAAGCUUCUUACCCUACUAAACUACAUGACCUAUCAAAAAUUGAACGUAAAAAAUUGCAUCUAUUUUAGGGGACCUUACUACGAUUUGAACAUUUUAAGGAAGGCUCUCUUCAUCAUGUGUCCUUAUUUAUCCUUCGACUUGCUAAAAACAAAGAACUUUUACAUCAUUCAUUUUUCGGACAAGGGGGGUGUGAACAAGUAUUUGAAUGAGUCCCCUCCUAAGGGUGGGUUUUCCUCCCCCGCUGUCACUGACGACACAGAGACAGACUUCAACCAGAGCAUCGGUAACAACAACUAUGGAGUGCUACUGGGGCCUGAACUUAGAAGGGCCCUUUCAAACACAACGAACGAGGUACUUUAUGAAGGAAUAAUUGAGAAGAUAAAAAGAGAGCUUCUUCAAAUGUAUGGAAACAACAUAGAGAAGAAUAUUUUUUUAAACUUUCAUGACAACAUCAUUAAGGUGGUCCAUCCUGUCCAAGCCAUAGUCCCCGUGCAUGUAAACCAGAAGGACGAAAUUAACAACGGGUCUCUGUGUACCAACAUCAUUAACAUGUUUUCCAGUGGUCGUACUUGCUUUAGCAUUCCCCUGUGGAAGGGCUCCUCUCAUGGUGGUUCUCAUUAUCGCUCCGGUGCUUCUCGGGUCAGUAACUAUUUUAACCACCAGUACGAGAUGAACAAACCGAAGCAUCUCUUCCUUGUGAAGUGGACCUUGCUGAAUACGGACAAUUACAAGAUCAGCAAACGGGAGAAGGCAGAAAGGGAGAUGCGGCGCGCGGAGCGGCAGGCACAGAAGCUGGAGCAAAAUAGGGGACAAGUGAGAAGCGAAACCAAGGUCGAUCGCAUGGGCUGCACGAAUUUACAUAUGAACGAGGAUGAUGACGGAGAAGAUGACGAUGAGUUAGGAGAGGGUGACAUCCCUUCCAAGUGCGCCAACCAAAAUGAUGCAAUCUCGGAAGAGCAGAAAGGAGAAGCCGCUUCACGCAACGCCAACAACUCCACCUCCGACUGCUCCGACCUCAGCAACAAAGGGAAAAAGAAAAAAAUGAAGUGCAAUUUGAAUUUCAAGUCUAUCCUUGGCUUCCUCUCCCUCUGCCCAUUUGACUACGAUGCAGAAAAGGGGAUAUACAGAAGACAGACGCAAGACAUCUUUGCCGUCUGCUCAAGCAUAGAUUACAGCUGCACUAAUGAUACUUAUACGUGGGUGAAUUACGCUACUGUUAUUCCAAACAAAUAUUUUCUUAGUUUCUUCCUGUCGUCUCUACCCUACCAUGAUAACGUUAUCAUAAACACAAGAACAAAUUUGAGAGGGUUCGAAGUUUUGUCUGUAAAGAUCUUCGAUUCGAAAGAAAUAGUUAUUCUUGAUGCGAGGAAGAAGAAGCCCAAGGGGGGUGACACAAUGACAGCUCAGGGGGACAACAGAGGAGUGACAUAUGAAGAGAGGAAACAAGGUGUCCCCCCAACCUCAUUGUUCAUUAACAAGUACGACUUGUUGCGUAUCAAUUACUUGAGGUACUGUUUAUCCUCCUUUUUAUUUUUUCUCACAUGGAUGUAUAACAACCGGGAUGAGGAGGAGUACUGCAUGGAGACCAGCCACCUGGGAGAGAAGUGUACCUCUACGGCAUUGGCGAAUUCCUCAAGGGGCGAAGCGAACACCGGAUGGGUAGCCCAGUCGAAUAGGAAAACUGGCAACACGGGUGAUAAUGGUGGUGAUGUUCACAGUGAUCCCGAAGAGAAGGCGGACCGCGACGUAACAGAAGAGGUAAACGAACCGGACGAAUAUUUCAGCGAGGACGACGCAAUGAGCGAUGUGGAGGAAAAUCGCGUACUCAGGGAAAGCCCCUACAUCAGAAGAGUCAUACAAAACUUAAUUGAAGAAAAUAAUAGGGAGGAAAUAAACUACGAUAUGUACGCAGUGGAAAAUGAUGAUGAUGAAGAUGAUGAGAAUGAUGAGGAGGAUGACGAUGAUGGUAGUGACGAUUCGGAUAAUGAUGACGAGGAUAAUGACGUUCACCAUGGUGAGUGGGGCGGCACUGCGCUACCCUAUCGACGGGAAAGGAGCGCACAAUUCAACCUCAGCUUACUACGUGCGAGUGAAGACUUAGAAACCUUGGACGUAACAUGGAAUGACGGAAAAGGGGCGCAUCUCUUAAAGACGUAUGACCACCUUCACAGCUACUUAAGCUCCCCUAAUGAUCCAUCAUUAUCUAACAGUUCGCCUCGGGAGAAAUAUCAGACGUGCUUAUCGUCAGUGAAGAAGUGCCACUUGAAUAAUAACAUUUCCCUUCAUAUUUUGCAGUCUGUGAAUGCAUAUGCGAAGGGCUGCACGUCGGAAGAAUUCCUCUUUUUUAAUCCGAUCAACUUGGGGCCAAUGGAAGAUUUGAAUUACCGCCUGCGGUGCAUGUACUACGAGGAGUGCUCCACGGAUAGGGACACUACACACAAUCGCGUUGGAGGGAGUUAG